ACUGCUGGGCACUGACUGGCACAACCACUGGGCACUGACUGGUGGCGCUGACUGGCAGCACUGCUGGGCGGCACUGAUGGGCACUGGUGGGUGGCACUGGUGGCACAGGUGGGUGGCACUGAUAGGUGGCACUUCUGGAUGGCACUGCUGGGCACAGGUUUGUGGCACUUCUGGGAGGCACUGGUGGGCACUGCUGGGCACAGCACUGCUGGGUGGCACUGGUGAGCACUGCUGGACACAGGUGGUUGCACUGCUGGGCACAGGUGGGUGCGCUGCUGGGCAGAAACUGGUGGGUGGCACUGCUGGGCACAGAUCAUCAUGGCACUGAU